AUGCCUAUGAAACUCGAAGGUAGCUGUCAAUGCGGCGGGGUCGAAUUCACACUCGACUCGCAGACGCCCGUCCCAUAUCAACUCUGUGCCUGUAGUAUCUGUCGUAAAGUUGGCGGAUACAGCGGUAGUGUCAAUUUGGGUGGAAUCGCCGACAGUCUGAAGAUCAAGAAAGGGAAAGACUUGAUCAAGAAAUAUUCCGCCAUCAAAGCACGCGGCACUCCGCAAGAGGAGCUCUGCUCGAGCGAGCGCAACUUUUGCUCCAACUGCAGCACCAUGCUCUGGCUGUGGGAUCACCAUUGGCCCGAACUGAUCCAUCCGUUUGCGUCAGCCAUUGAUACGGAGCUCCCUAUCCCUGACGAGAUGUGCUGUAUCAUGGAGGAUUCGAAGCCGGCGUGGGCGCGUUGGCCUGAAGGAAAGAAGCAGGUGCACAAGGUAUACGGCGGAGAUAGCCUGGAGGGAUGGCAUAAGAAGCACAACUUAUUCGUCGAAUAA